UUGUGUAGACCAGCUGUUGUCAUCUACUGAGCAUGCUCCAGUUUCAGUUCCCAUGUAAGCUCUAAAUUGCUAUUUCUGUGCAGCCCACAUGACUAUAGAGUCACACAUGUGGGUGUAUAUACAGGGCGGACUGGCCAUUUGGAAACUCAGGCACUGCCGAGGGCCCGGGGUCAGUAGGGGGCCCCAUGAGAUGCCCCUGGAACCUUUUUCAUAGGCUUUUUUGAGUGUGGGCAAGGACACAGGGGCCCCAUGAUCCCCUAUUGCCUGGGGGUCCCAUGA